UGCCGGUCCCCCAGCCAGAGUAACGGUAGCCGUGUCCUCCGAUCAGUCAAUUGUCUGUUUGUUGACGUUUUCUGGAGUACAGCAGCAGCAGCUAGUUACGGGGUCCGUUGUUUCAGGCGAGUCAAUGGAGCUAACAAGCUAGCUAACUUAAAUGGGUUUCCGAGUGGAAAGAUGAUCGCUUCACUUUCUAGAGGAAGUUUGCUGGAUGAGGUUCUUCAUGGGGGCUUUAAUGAGCAGCAGCUGACAGCCUAUGUUUCCUGGGUGAACUGUCAGCUGAAGAGGAAACCAGGCCUGAAGCCCAUCACCAACCUCAGACAUGAUCUGCAGGAUGGGGUGGUGCUCACACAACUCAUAGAGAUAGUUGCUGGGGAAGUUCUGGAAGAAGUCUAUGUUGCUCCACAAAACAAAGAAGAAAGCAGGCAGAAUGUGGAGCAAGUUUUGCAGUUCAUUUCCUCCCGACACAUACGCAUGCCACACAUAUCCGCAAGAGACAUUGUCGAUGGUAAUCUCAAAUCGGUAAUGAGGAUAAUUCUGGCGCUGGCUGCCCACUUCAAACCCACAGCCAAUCAAAGAGCUGCUGUUGGAAGCGGGAGGGGUUUGACAAGAAGCUCCACCAGCCACAACCCUCUCUCCACCAUAGCGCUUGCACAAGGUGCCGCUGCGGCUUUGGCAUCAGCACGACAUGAUGCCUCGCAGCCUGCACGUGCCAUACGCAUCCACAGUAGCUUGGGUUCGGCGCUGGAUAAGAGUAUUUGUGUUCGUGCACUGGUUAAGCAGUAUGAAAGAGCAUCACCGGAUGAGCCUGACAAUCCUCAGUCUAGCAGCCUCAGCCCCGUCAGUCCGCUGUCCUCUCCCAGAGCUCCAACCAGCAGCCUCUCAGACAGACAGCAGGACGACGGCCAAAAGCAGGAGAGCAGCGAUGAGUCCUCUCGUGUCGUAGCGGAGAUGGCGUUGGAGGAUUCCCUCAGUGAAACUCUGGAGAAGGAGGUGCAGGAGACACGUCAGAUGGUCUCUGCUUUACAGGCCCUGCUGCUGCAUGGCUCGCUGCCUGAGGAUGAGCAGGAUGUGUCCUUCAGUUUGGACCAAGGGAAUGCUGAACAGCAACUGGUAGUCAUUCGCAGCCGUUUGGAUCAGAGCAUGGACGAGGCUCAGCAGCUGAAAAGGGAACUGUUGCGCUGUAAGCAGGAAAUGAGAAACAUGCAGGCAAUCAAGGACGCCCAGCAGCAGAGACUCUGCACUCAGGAGGCCUCCAUACUGCAGAUGAAGCAAGAACUUCUCAGAGCCAGCAUGACGAAGGAUGAACUCAACAACCAGAAUGCUGAGCUACAGUGGAAGAUGGAGGAAUGCAACAGGCUGUGGGGUGAAUGCAAGAAGGAGGGAGGACAGAAGGACAGGCUAUUGCAGCAACUCAAACACAAGCUUGAGGAGACUCAAAAAAAGCAGAUUGAAUUGCAAAGAGAGUUGGAGCAUAAAAACAGCAUGCAGACAGAACACAAUGGACAUUCUUACCCUGGAAAUCCAGCUCCCUCCAUGUCAGAUCAGGCAGAGGAGGUUCAGCUGCUCAGAGAUUCACUUCGGAGUUUGAGGAACAGCUUCAGAGAUCACGACCCGCAGCACCAUACACUGGACACCCUGGAGCAGGGCAUAGUGUCACUCAUCGACAGACUGCAUGUUCUGCAUACACACAGGGGAAGGGGGAAGUCUCCAAAACGCAAAGGCCAACACACAGACUCUGAAACCUGGCCGUCCUCAAAGGUAUGUCACACCAAUAGUGGGUCUUCUGCCUCCACUAAAAUUCUUUAUUUUACUGGAAAAUCCCCAACACCUUCCAUGAUCAAUAUACCGAAAAGGCUGGGUGAGGUGACUUUAAAGGACGUAAAGGCAGCUGUGGAUCGAGAGGGAAACUACAGGUAUCACUUCAAGGCCCUGGACCCGGAGUUUGGCACGGUGAAAGAAGAGGUAUUUCUGGAUGGAGCAAUCAUUCCAGGCUGGGAAGGCAAAAUAGUGGCCUGGGUAGAAGAGGACCGUGGUGAAGAAAGGCCCUUGUAGGUGCAAGCUGAGCUACCAUGACACUCUGUUUUUGCCCCUAGUCAGGCUGAUCCUAGAGCCAAUUCGAGACAACCGUUCACCAGAGGCACCAGUGGACACUUCUAAGGACGAAUUUUCAACAUGAGAUAAGAAUAAAAAUGUACCUUCAAGAAGAUUUGGGAUAAUUAGCUGGCACUAAAUCACACUGAUAGCCUUAAACACUCUGGAAAUCAGUAACUGAUUUCCAGAAUAACAUAAAACUCAGUGCCUUAGAAAAGCUGUUUCCUUCAUGUGCUUUUUAUUGCCAUGCUGUACUGUAGUAUCAAACUGGAAAGUAGAUAGACAUUUUAUUUAAAUGAACUAAACACACAGUGUUGUUUCUACUCUAGUUAAAGCAAGAGGGGUUUUUGCAGUUAAGAGGACAAACCGUUUAUUCUCAUGUGUUCAGUAUCACUUUUUACUUCUUGUGCAUUACUAAGGUCUUUGGAACAAGCCGGACUACAUAUUAGAAAUAUGUAUUUUCAAACUUACUUAUUUACUACUUGAAUGUAAAGUGAAAUUACAGUAUUAUCUACCAUAGCAUAAAAAUAGAGAAAAUAUUUGGGUGAGGAAAAAAUACCACUUUUGUAAUAGAAAGGUUACAAGCACUGAAGAAGUCAGGCCAACUUUUUACAAUUUCAUUUGAAGUGCUUCACAAGGUUUGUUGACAUUCUGAUCUAACGCUGACUCUGCUCAGAAACCAGCUUCUUUUGCUAUUCAUAUGUUUGGUAUUAGCAUAUAAGUGUAUUUAUGUAAAUACAAAACGCUUUUAAGCCGAUAACACAAAAGGUGACAGUCAUCUUGAGAUUUCCAAACUGAAAAAAAGUAUUGCAAAAGUAAAAACAUUGCACUGCAUUUAUUUCAUCCGUUUCAGUGGAAAGGACCUUAGUUUGAAUCUGGGAUUAAAUGUCUGUAGAUCACCAGAGUGCAAGCAGACAGGAAUGCUUAGACUGAACUGCUGUCAGUGACAAAGAAAUGAUGCUGGAAUUGUUGUGUUCAUGUACAAAUACAGACAAACAGCACUAUUGUUUUGUUUACUUUAUGAAAUUGUUUUGUACAUUUGUGUAAACUUAUUUUGUUAUGUUCUUACAUUUUUUAAGUUUGUGAAGAUCAUUUGUUCAAAGAGAGAUUCCUGUGGGAUGUGAAUUUUACAUCAGAUUAAAGGAGACUGCUAGAACAAAGGACCACCCAACUAUUUAUAGUGUGUGUGUGUGUGUGUGUGUGUGUGUGUGUGUGUGUGUGUGUGUGUGUGUGUGUGUGUGUGUGUGUGUGUGUGUGUGUGUGUGUGUGUGUGUGUGUGUGUGUGUGUGUGUGUGUGUGUGUGUGUGUGUGUGUGAAAGAAAAGCAACCCGGAUGGACUUUUAUCAUGUUUUCCUUCACAUAUGGGAUCAGUGUGUUUACCUUCACUAACAAGCCAACGGAAAUAUGCAUCAAUUUACUUUUGAGCUGUUUUAAUGCCAUAACUGCCUGAACUGUAAUAUGUACAUUAGUUGGAGAGAUGGUUAUUCAGAAUUAGUUUGCUCUCUGUUCAAAAUGAAAAUGACCUUUGUUGAAUGUUAGAAAAGACAGAUAUUUUGAAAUAAACCUGAGUUUUGUUUUUAAAAA